AUGAAUUUGAAUUUACGUGCUAUCGAAGCCAAAGAUAUGCCAAAGGAAGACUUAUUUGGUAAGUGUGAUCCAUUUAUUGAAAUAUUUAUUGACUCUAAGCAAGUUGAAAAAACAAAAGUCAUUAAAAAAACUUAUAAUCCAAAAUGGGAUGAAACAUUUUACAUUCCUCUUUACCAUUCUGGUAGUACAAUUGAAUUUCGCUUUUCAGAUUAUGAUACAAUGUCAUCAAAUGACAAAUUUGGCUACAUAACGUUUAAUCUUGACACAAUACCAAUUGGUAAAGUCAUUGAUGAAUGGUAUCCGUUGACACCUUAUAAGAAAAAUAAGAAAGUUGGUGAGGCUCACUUUGUAAUUCAGAUUGCCCCAGAAAAACAUACACCAUUUACACCAUACGAUGGCCCAGCAGAAUGGACACGCCAGCCACCAGCACAGUUCCCAUCUCCAUACGUUCCACAAGGUGGUGCAACAGUACCAUGUCCACCUUCAGCCGGAAUGUCUCUUUUCCCAGCUGACGCAAAGCCAGGCGAAUUGAUCUGUUCAGUAACAACACUUGGACAGCCUAAAUUCUUAAGAGGUGAAGAAGCAAUGCAGCACUUGAGAAACAUAUCUGGAGGCAAUCCAGCAAUGCUUGAAAUGCUUGUUAGAACUUAUACUGUUCCAGCAAAUUAUGGUCAAGGAACAGCCCUUCCCCAAGCAAAUCCACAAGUUCCAUAUAAUGAUCAAGCUGCGGCAGUUUCUCCUCAAGCUGGAAUUUCACUUUUCCCAGCCGAUGCUAAACCAGGAGAAGUCAUUGUCACAGCAACAUCUCUUGGAAAACCACAGUUCUUGAGAGGCGAAGAAGCACUGGAACAAUUGAGGAAAAUGUCCCGUGGUAACCAAGCUAUGUAUGAUAUGCUGGUUAAAAACUUCACAGUUCCAGCAAAUUAUGUUCCACAAUAA